AUGAUAGCUAUAAAUGUGCGGCGAGAACACCUUCACGUUCUCGAUGGAAAAAUCUGCAUCACACCCUGGAUUGAGCUCGGUGCUGAGCGCAGCGGCGGAUCCCUGAGCGCGCGCGCGACCCAGGACGUCCUGCGCUGGGGUUCUGCCGGGCGCGGUGGCCUUUAUACAAUUCCGGGUGCCCCGGGUCGCUCUCCCCGACCUGCCCAACCCAGCAGGUUCUGCCAGGAUCACGCUCCAACCCCAGCGGGCUCCGACGCCAGGGGACGCGCUGAGGAGCUGGGAGGACGCCCGCGCCGCGCGGCUCCCGGGCGGCCCCUCCCGCCAGGUGUCCGGUGGACCCCCAGGUUCACCAGAACUGAGGCUGGUGGCGCUGGAGAACGCCCGAGGGAGAGGCGGGCCACCUCGGAGAGGUGGAGGGAAGCCCUGAGCGGUCGGAGUCCAGGAGAGGGGCGGGGCCUCCUGACCACGCCCCCUCCCCGCUGGGCGCAGAGCCGCCCCGAAGCGAUUCAGAGUUGGGUUGCCGCUUUGCCCAGUUCCGACGCCCGCGCACAGCCGGCGAGCCGCCCCGAAGCGAUUCCGAGUCCGGCAGCCGCUGCGCCGAGUGUGGGCGCCGCGCUCUGCCGCCGUGGAGGCUGCGGCGCUCGGGCAGCCGCCGCGCCGGCCGAGGGGAAGGUGGAACCUGCCAAGCUGGCGCCCGGCGGGGCCUCAGGGGGCGGCGAGCUGGCGGGGACUGCGGGGCCGGGCCUCCUGGCCCUGCUGCUGGCGGUGUGUGCUCCGCUGCGGCUGCAGGCGGAGGAGCUGGGUGACGGCUGUGGGCACAUAGUGACCUCUCAGGACAGUGGCACGAUGACAUCUAAGAAUUAUCCAGGGACUUAUCCCAAUCACACUGUUUGUGAAAAGACUAUCACAGUCCCAAAGGGGAAGAGUCUGAUUCUGAGGUUGGGAGAUGUGAAUAUUGAAUCCCAGAGCUGUGCUUCCAACUAUCUUCUCUUCACCAGCUCCUUGGAGAAAUAUGGUCCAUAUUGUGGAAGUAUGACCGUUCCCAAGGAACUCAGGCUGAAUACAAAUGAAGUAACUGUUCGCUUUGAGAGUGGAUCCCACAUUUCUGGUCGGGGCUUUUUACUCACCUAUGCCAGCAGCGACCAUCCAGAUUUAAUAACCUGUUUGGAACGAGGUAGCCAUUAUUUGAAGACUAAAUUCAGCAAAUUCUGCCCAGCUGGUUGUAAAGACAUAGCAGGAGACAUUUCUGGGAACACGGUAGAUGGCUACAGAGAUACCUCUUUACUCUGCAAAGCUGCCAUCCACGCCGGAAUUAUCACAGAUGAACUGGGAGGCCAGAUCAGCAUACUACAGAGCAAAGGGCUAAGUCGUUAUGAAGGAAUACUCGCUAAUGGUGUGCUUUCCAGGCAUGGCUCCCUGUCAGAAAGGCGCUUUCUGUUUGCCUCCAAUGGAUUAAAUGUUACAACUGUGGCCAUCCCAUUGGUGCUCCUCGUUGCCCUGCUUCUGGCUGGAAUGGGCGUCUUUGCUGUCUAUAGAAAGAGGAAGAAGAAAGGAAACCCAUAUAUAUCUGCUGAGGCUCAGAAAACAGACUGUUGGAAACAGAUUAAAUAUCCAUUCGCCAGGCAUCAGUCAUCGGAGUUUACCAUCAGCUAUGACAAUGAGAAGGAGAUGCCACAAAAGUUAGAUCUCAUCACCAGUGAUAUGGAAGAUUACCAGCAGCCUCUCAUGAUUGGCACGGGCACAGUCACGAGAAAGGGCUCCACUUUCCGGCCCAUGGACACGGACACCAAGGGGGAGAGCGGGGUGAGCGCGGAGGACGGCGGCCACUACGACUGUCCUCAGCGCGCUGGCGCCGGCGGCGCGGGGCAGCACGAGUACGCGCUGCCGCUGGCGCAGGCGGAGCCCGAGUACGCCACGCCCAUCGUGGAGCGCCACGUGCUGCGGGCGCAUUCCUUCUCCGCGUCCUCCGGCUGCGGCUACCGCGUCCCCGGGCCCCGGCCUGUCCACAAACACUCUCUGUCCUCCGGUGGCUUCUGCCCGGCCGCGGGGGCGCAGGGCGGGGACUAUCAGAUGCCACCCGGCCCCAAGCCCGCAGACGGGGACUACGACAAGCCCCAAACCAGCAGCUUCUUGGCUGUUGAAAACAGAGACCCCGCCUCUCCAAAGCCACAGGUGCAUCCUGAGUUGAAUGAUGGUUAUUCAUCCCCCAGAAACUGCCUCACGCCCCUCCACCAGACCGCCAUGACGGCUCUCCUGUGAACACGAUGUGCACGGCGCCUGCCUGGUGCCAAGCCGGAGGCUUGUCGCGUCACUGAUUAGUGUGUGCGUGCGCCACGCGCGCUGUGACUCAGUAAGGAUCCAGGAGACAGCGCUCCCACGCUGUUUACACCAGUGGUUUUUGUUCUGACCCUUGGGGUGAGAGCCCGCUGGCUUGUGUAAGGCUAGAAACAAACAAAAAUGGACAUUUGUCACCUGGCAUUUUCAUUUUUCUGUGAUACUGAGCUCCUUGAGUGUAAAAUGUGCAAUCUGUACAGAGCUGUAUUUAAACAAUUAAAGUAACUUAAGUUCACUUUGUCA